AAGGGAUUGAAAUUUUUGAAUCGAUAGUACCCGAUAGUUAUAUGUUCCUUCAGUUGGCCGUUAGCUUGUCUUAACAUGCAACACUAGGUAGAGUGUGUCUUGGGUCAAUGUAUCACUCAGACAUAAUUUCGUGUUAAUUCGAAUGAUCUUUUCAUUUAAAUUAGUUUAUGUAUUCCGUGUGUCGAAAUUUUAAAGAGUGACACGACAAUGGGAGAUGUCAACCAGAUUAAAAAUGGGAUGAGUAUUCAGAUUAGACGUACCGACGGUCGAACUCACCCUGCGAUCGUUUCCAGUGUAAAUAAUGCCUCAAGAAGUGUCACGGUAGAGUGGUUUGAAAAAGGAGAAACGAAGGGGAAAGAGAUCGAGUUUGAUGCAAUUUAUGCGUUGAACAUGCACCUGCAGCCUUCUAAUAUUAACAACCAACAGACUGAAGAUAUCGAAAAUAAAUUAUCAAGGGAUACUCCUCAAACAUGGGAUGAAGAUGAUGAUGGUGAUGAGGAUGAUGAUGAUGAAAGUCAACAAGAUGCUUUUGUCACAGAUUGUGAUAAUGGAAACGUAAAGGAAAAAAACUCAUUAUCUGUUCGUAGCCUGCCUAAUCCCAAAACGUUUUCACAACCUGUUGUAGCACAUAAAAGACUUGGUGGUAUCAAACCUCGUCAAACCAUGGUAGUACCAACUAAUGGCACAGAAAACUUAAGACCUCCAGAAAGAGUAAGAGGUGUUGAAAACAUUCCACCUGUCCAGAUCCAGCAGACACAAAAUUAUCCCCCAACCAGGGUUUCAUCUGUUCCAGCCACAAUACCAGAAACGGCUGCCAACUUCCGCUCCAAAAGAAGUAAUGUUGUGAAAGAAGUCGAGAAGCUUAAAAAGAACAGAGAAGAGCGACGGCUAAGGCAAGCUGAGAAAAAAGAAGAAAAGGAAGCCUUGAUGAAUAUGGAUCCUGGAAAUCCUAAUUGGCAAUUCAGUAAUAUGAUAAAAGAGUACCGAAAUGGUUUGGACUUCAGGCCAUUAAGGGAAAAUGAUAUCAUUGAAAAUCAUCAAAUUACUGUAUGUGUCAGAAAAAGACCUCUCAACAGGAAAGAGAAUUUAAGGAAAGAAGUUGAUGUGAUCACUGUACCACGAAAAGACAUAAUUGUUGUUCAUGAACCGAAAAAUAAAGUAGACUUAACUAAAUAUCUUGAAAACCAGCAGUUCAGAUUUGACUACGCUUUUGAUGAAUUAUGUAGCAACGAAAUUGUUUACAAGUUCACGGCAAAACCCCUGGUACAAACUAUAUUUGAUGGUGGUAUGGCUACUUGUUUUGCAUAUGGCCAAACAGGAAGUGGAAAAACCCAUACAAUGGGCGGUAUAUUUUCCGGACGAACACAAGAUUGCAAAAAAGGGAUAUAUGCAUUAGCCGCUGUGGAUGUUUUCAAAUUCUUAGCUUCUCCUAAGUAUUCAACUCAAAAUCUAAUAGUGACAGCCAGUUUUUUUGAGAUAUAUAGUGGGAAGGUGUUUGAUCUACUAGCUGACAAAGCCAAACUCCGUGUUUUAGAAGAUGGAAAACAGCAAGUACAGGUUGUAGGUUUAACUGAGAGGGUGGUCACUAGUGUUGAUCAAGUUCUCGCUUUGAUUCAGAAGGGUAAUCAAGCAAGAACAUCUGGCCAAACUUCAGCGAAUACUAAUUCUUCACGAUCACAUGCAGUGUUUCAAAUAACACUUAGAGUUCCUGGUUCUCAUUACAUUCAUGGCAAAUUUUCGUUGAUAGACUUAGCUGGAAAUGAAAGAGGAGCUGAUACGUCAUCCGCAGAUCGACUAACUAGAAUGGAAGGAGCAGAAAUUAAUAAAUCACUUCUAGCUCUGAAAGAAUGUAUUAGAGCCCUUGGGCGAAAGGGAGCUCAUUUACCAUUUCGAGCCAGUAAAUUAACACAAGUUUUAAGAGAUUCCUUUAUUGGAGAUAAUACUAAGACUUGCAUGAUUGCAAUGAUAAGCCCUGGAAUGAGCUCAUGUGAACACUCAUUAAAUACCUUACGAUAUGCUGACAGGGUAAAAGAACUAGCAGCUAAUGAUCCAUCUACUUAUAGCCAGGAAAAUUCGCCUGUUGAUGAAAACCAUGAAGAUAGUGAUUUAGCUGCAUUACGGUCCUUAAAUGAAAAUGAAAUAUCUGCAGAUCUAUAUGACUUUCAUGAAGCCGUUUCACAACUCAAUAAGUUAGAAGAAGAAAUGUUAGACAAUUUCAAGACUUGGAGAGAUAGUUGUAUUAAACUGGAUUCACAAGAAAAAGCGUUGGUAGCUGCCACUAAUGAUGUGGACUAUGACCAAGACGCAUUCGCUACAAAAUUAGAUUUGGUUCUUAAUGAAAGACAGAAGGUUUUAUCAACUUUACGUGAAAAGGUAGCUGCUUUCCGACAACAAUUGAUUGCUGAGGAGGAGAUUUCAAAGAAAAUGACACCCCCUCAACAUCGAACUGUUCAUUAACCUUUAUUGUUGAAAAAAAAUAAACAGAGAUAAAUAAAAAAAUCGUUUAAAUUUAAUUUUUUCUACAUACUUAAUUUUUUUUAUUUAUGAAAUAAAGUUAGUCAUUGAAUAUUUUUAUAAAAUAUGCAUAAAAAGAAAAUUAAAUGAAUGUUAAUCUAGUGCCGUUUAAUGGUAUAAAUAUACUAGUGAUAUAAAUUCCUUAAUAACUGUAAAUAAUCAUUUCAGAAAAUAUACUAGCAAUAUUUUUUUAUGUUUAUUUUGAUUUUUAUAAGUGGUAUUCAAUAUUCUCAAGCAUGACAUGUAUUUAGAAAGAACUUCUAAAUUUAUAUUCCAAUUUGAUAUUGUUUUAUUUUUUUUCUUUAUCGGUUAUGUAAUUUUAUCAAAAGUUAAAUGAAAAUACAUUAGAUCAUUGAUUAUCUGAACUAAUGCGCUCAUUAUAUAAAUUGAUAUUGGCUCAGAUAAUCCAAAAUUAUUAUAUUAGAUAGAAAUUCUUAAUCUAAAUAUCUUUCAAACUGUAAAUCAUUAGGCAGCGGUUUCCCUCAAGUUCAUGAAAUAAUUAAUUUUGGAUAAUUGAUGCUUUAUCACAUGAAAAUUAUUAGUUAAGCAAUUAAAUAUUUUGCCAUGAUUUAUUUUUUGCACUAGGUAUUGUAUAAAUUUUAUAUUUUUUAAAUUGAUCCUUAUUCACUUAUUUUUUUUGAAAUUUCAAGAAAGUAUACUAGUUGUUUGUAUAAGACUAAGAUAAUAAAAACAUUCGAGUGAUGAAAUAUUUUAAUUUUAUAAUAAUAUUUAAUUUAUUGGAGAAUUGUGUAAUUUUCUAGGAUCGUUUUUUGCCCUAAUGAGAUUUCAUAACAUACAUGGUAAAGAAAAUAUAUAUGCAGACUAUUUAAAUAUGUAUUAAAUGUAUUAGAAUGAUUCUUCAACCUUUAUUUUAUUAAUAAAUUAUUAUGACCAUAUCUUAUUAUAAUUAAUUACUUACUAAAAAUGAAAUUGUUAUAAAUUUUCAAGAAAAUUAUUUGUAAUUGUUUUCUACUUAUUUAAAUAAUUACAAUGAUAAUAGAAGGAAGGGCUCAGGAAUCCAAAGGUUAGACACCAAGCCAACAAUUUUGCCUACAAACCUCUCUCCACUGAAUCCCAACAAUACCCAUGUCUGCAAGGUCAGUCUUACCACAGACCUCCCACCUACGUAUCAGGCAUUUAUCUGUUGGUUUAGGCAAUGAAUUGUCUGUUUGAAGUUAAUUUAUUGUGUUGUUUUAGAAAAAAAAUGAUAAUAGGUUUUCAAUUUAAUGUUACUUCUAUUGUUACCUGUAAAUUUGAAUAGAAGGACACAUUACCUAUAACGGUCCUAAAAGACAUAUCAAAUCUUUGGUUGUUAUGUGAUGCAGUGGUUUGCUCAAUUCUGACUGGAGAUAUUGUUUAGUAAUAUUGAUUUUUUAAAUAUGUUUGCCAUAUUUAUUCUUUGUUUUUAUUUUUUCUAAUUUAUUAAAUGAAAUAAAUGAAUAUCCAAGAGAAUUGUGUAUUACAUCAUAGAAUGAUAAAUUACCUAAUAUCUUAAUGAAAUUUUCUAGUUUAACUAUGCUAUUUUAUAUUAAAAAUAUAAACAAUUAUUGUCAUUGUUAUAUUAGUAACACUCAUUGAUAUUUCUGAUUUUAUGUGGGCAAUAAUGUGACAUUGCAAUUAUAUUUAUAAUAUACUAUAAAAUAUUGUUGUUUUAACUUAUUAAUAAAUUUAUCAUCAUUGUUUAACAGUUUAAUUAAUUACAACAUGGUGGUGCUUAUAUUUAUUUUCUGAUCAGUAAUGUUACCUUAUUGUAAUAAUAGGAUCUUUAUGUAUAUAUAUAUAUAUAUAUAUAUAUAUAUAUAUAUAUAUAUAUAUAUAUAUAUAUAUAUAUAUAUAUAUAUAUAUUUAUAUU